AUGAAAGUCUUCAUCGAUGAUAUACUAAUCUUCGGACGCAACAAGGACGAACAUGAUCGGGCGCUGCAGGCUGUGCUAGAUCGUCUAAAGGAGUACGGAAUAGCUAUCAAUGAAAAGAAGUACAAAAUUGUCCAUGAAUCUGAGAAAGCAAAUAUAGCCGAUCCAUUAUCAAGAUUACCGAGAUUCGAAGAGUGUUCCACAUACGAUCAAAAUGGAGAGUCGAUGCUGCUCACCGUUCUGGAAUCAGCUAAACCAACAGCUUUGAUCAUCAGAGAACUAGUCGAAGCAACUGUCAAAGAUGGUGAGCUUGCUGCUGUCAAGGAAGCAUUGAACACUGGCCGAUGGGGAGACCAACUGAAGCUGUACUACCCUUUUCGACAAGAACUAUCAGUUGUAAAUGAGAUCGUCAUGAGAGCUGAUCGAAUUGUAGUGCCGGUGAGUCUGCGUAAACGCAUACUGAAGCUGGCCCACAUUGGUCAUCCUGGGAUUGAGCGUACCAAGCAACGAAUUCGCAGCAAGGUUUGGUGGCCGAACGUUGACAAAGAGGUAGAAAAAUCGGUGAAGUCGUGUCUAGAGUGCCAGCUAGUGAGCAAUUCAACGUCGCCAGAACCAAUGUCUGUGAGAGAGCUUCCUCGAGAACCGUGGUACGUGCUGGCAAUGGAUAUGCUGGGCCCUCUUCCUUGUGGUGAUUCCAUCUUGGUGGUAAUCGAUCUCUAUAGUCGUUACCGCAUAACAGAGGUUCUUCAAUCAACCACUACCGAAGACAUCGCUGAUAGACUGGACAAUCUAUUCAUGAGAAUGGGUUGGCCUAAACUUUUACUGUCGGACAACGCACGGAACUUCUCAAGUAAGAAAAUGGAAGCAUUUUGUGUUAAGUAUGGGGUCGAGUUGCGGCACACCACUCCAUAUUGGCCACAAAGCAACGGGGAAGUCGAGCGACAGAACCGCUCCAUUUUAAAAACACUGAAGAUUGCAGAGCUGAACGGAACCAAUUGGAAGAAGGAUUUGCAAGAGGCCAACUACGUGUACUCCCUUUUGCGUCAUCCAGCAACCGGUCGUUCUCCAGCCGAAUUGGUUUUCGGCAGAAAGUCAGAGAUUGGAUUCCCCAGGUGGAAUUGA